UGGCCUGUCGGUGAGGACAGUGUUGCACACCACAAGGAAGAGAGAAGAUGGCGCUGUCGGAGCAGCCCGGGAUCCAGCAGACGAUGGUGGUGGGGUUCGAUGGCCACAGGGAAGUGGUCGUCUGGACUGUGCGCCUGCUGCAAGGACUGUGGGUCCGGAUGCUGCGCCUGUUGGUGCAUGCCGUGCAUGCUGUGCAAGCUCGCCACCCGCAUGAAUGAAUGCUUUCUUCUGCCCUGCCUGGUGCCCUGUGCCCUGGUUCCCAUGAGAACAAAGCUGAGGGCCGUGGGGGACAUCAAGGGCAGCAUCUGCCAGGACUUCAUGGCGGUCUCCUGCUGCUACCCAUGCGCCGUGUGCCAGAUGUCCCGGGAACUGGAUCAGAUGGGCGUGUAGUCACGUGGUUUCCAUCUACAGCAGGAACAGGACAGAGGCUUUGACGUCACUGAAGUCACUAACGUCUCUAGAUGACUGUCACGUGAUCGGCCUUGCAAUGAAGUCUACGAGGACGACUGUCCUACAGCUUUUCUUUUCUGAUUUUCACUGGCAAAAACUUUAACGUAAAAUGAAUAUUUUUAUUAUUUAUCUGGGAAUGAAAUUCGAAAUUACUUCGCACCCUCGAACACGUGACAUAAGGGAUUUCAAUAGGAAAAUGUAUUACAGGCAUAAUCAACUCUUUUACAAAUAAAUUAGUAAUGAACCACUGACAACACCGGACAGAACAGCUCUUAGGAUUUGAUUGUGUACUGAUGUUGGACUGAUAAUUUUUGCCUACAGUGUGUUUCGUCAUGACAUAAAACAAAAUGAAAUGUAAACGAAUUGGAUGAAAGUAGGGCAUAGCAACGGUUGAUAGCGAAAAUUGGAAAUACGUUAAUUCUGAAUAUCAACAAAAAUAGAUGAUCAAGGGCGGAUUAUCAACAACAACAAUACUGUAAAUGAGAUCAGAUCCAUAAUAUUCGUUACGAGAACAUACUUAUAAUACGUUGAAAGUGUGAAUAACAGGACAAGCUACACCAACAACAAAAAGUUUUUGUCAUCGAGAAUGUUGCUCCAGCAAGUUAUCCACUUAAAGUGAAGGGUUAAUAUCUCAUCAAAUGCAACUGCCGGAAGGGAUUAUUAAUUACAGUAAAUAGGAUAGAAUUGUGCAAUCAGUAAAUACCAGUAAAUAAACUAAAAAAGUUGUACUUUGUAACUGUGCGAACCUGAACAAAAAAUUAAUAAACACUUUGGUAAAGUUGA